AGUUAUCAGGGACGAUAUUCAAAGAGAAAAUGGAGAUUGGAGCAAGAGAGAAAGUGGGAGAUAAGAAACACAUGGAUACCAUAGUGAAAAACAAUGACGUCACUCGUAUCUUCAGUUGUUGACGGUGUUGAAAAUGUGGACGGGAUAGCUGCGCAUUUGCCGGUAUCGACAGUGGGGAUUCAUUAGUAUGAGCAUAUGAAUUCAGAGUUCAAGUACGUGGACUCAACUGAAAUAUUUUCGUGACUGAUGUACUAACUUUUUGUUUAUUGCCAGUUACGGACCGCGAGGCAGGGUCCGAGUAUUUCUCGAUGUUCGUACUGUGCCUGAACCGUGAUCGCAACAGUUGUUCCCGAAUGGUGUGUGUGAUUUUGAAAAAAACAUUUUUAUGCGGAAGUGCAACCUAACCUACAAACACGGCUUAGUGAAAGCGUCUGGUGGUCCUAAUUUCGAAUGAAAAAUCCACAUAUAUAUAUGUAUUGUAACGUUCCGCUCUUAUGCCCCCUAGCCCCUUUCCUUCCACCUUUCUCGAUGAUGGACACGUCAAGAGCCCCACGUAAGAGUGCAUAGCAUACUGUGGAUCUGCAUAACUGUAUCUGAGAGAACUCCUCGAAUCCUGAAAUUCCUCAAAAUUCAUAUCGGGCUCUAACAGCGACGCCGAUAAAGGAAAGAAAAAAAUAGGACCUUCAAAUCCCUAAUAUUACAUAACUCCCUUGAAAUUAGUCACAGGGAAAAUCAAGAGGAAAUAAUAUUAUAGAUCGUUAUUUUUGAUAUUCCAUGAAUACAAGAACCCGUCAUACGACUGGAAUCGAAACGAACAAGUGCCCAGCGCCUAUUAACCGGCACGCGUUAAGCACAGUAGAAAGACCAGUUGAACCGGUACUUGAAGAAACCGCUAAUACUACUAGACAAAUUAAAGUGUCAAAUCAAAUAUUAAACGAAAAAUCGUUAUCCUCGCUAAAAGUAACGUAUUCCUUCCGAGGAUACAAGCAGCGGAUUCCUCGACGGGGAUCACUCGCAUUGGUCGACCAGAGCGACAAAGUGUACACCGAAAGACGACAAGAAGCAGUAAAGGACUUGGGUAGUAUAAUUUCCAGAAAUCAAUUAAGGAAGCUAUCCUGCAUUCCAGAGCAAACCAGUGAACAGUAUUGUACUAGAAGCUGUGGGAAUUGAUCCUUGGCAAUUCUCGGUCUCAGGGUGCCUUGUGCCUCGUCUCUGUAUCAGGAAGCCUGCAAUCCCUGUAGAUCUUCUGCAGCAAAGUCAUUGUGCCAGCGUUGCCGGAAAUCGAGCAAAGACCAAUCCCUGAAGCUCAGCUCCCAAGGUCAUCGUGAUUAGCUCUCUGAGCUCCCCCCAGUCCUCAUCAGGUCUCAGGAACCACUGCGAUACCCCUUAGUAUCCGGAAGGGCAUCCCAAACACGUCCGCGUCGUUCUUGUAAUAGAAUAGUCAGGAGUGCUGACCUACCUCGCAAACCCAGCUAAAAAGACCGGGCUCCCAGUGUCAUUCUGAUCAGUAGCUGUCGGAGUCCAAACCUUCCUAAUUCUGAUCAUCUGUGGGGUUCUGAUGGACCAUUAUCGUCAUCAGUUACCAUCCCUACCAUUGGCUGGCCUACAGUCAUUGGACGCAUUGUGCAAUCUGCUGUAUCGUAGCUCCAGCCUUCUCUUUCCCUCCCCGAGGGACUAGAAAAAGUAAACGAUAGAGAGAUACACUUCUUGUCGUCUGCGGUACAAUAACAAUAACUGUACACAAUUACAGGACUGCGUGAGAGAGUGAGAUAGAAAUUAAGUGACUUUCUAGUAUGUAAUUUAUGGAACAAUAUAUUACGAUUAAUUAAUUUUAAAAUCAAGUCUUCUUUCCUAUCAAGACGCCUGCCCAAUGCACAAACCCCUCAAAGAGUCUCGCGAUUCCUGUUCCUAGAAAAUCACAAAUAAUCUCAAUAUAUAUAGGCUGAUUCAAGGAAUGUUACGUAGGAUUCCAAGAAUUUUACGAAUUAUAUCUACGCAACAUUCCUAGAAUCAGCCUCCGAUUCGUGGAAUCGGCCAAUCUCGUGACGUCACUCUGCGAAAUCGAGGGGGGGAGGGGGCAUGACGUUGAUUUAGCACGGAUGCGAACCUUCGAAGUGUCUCGAAGUGUCGGUAAAUAUCAGUGCAGGAAUCUUCAUCCAGAAUCCCUCCCCCGCCCUUGUUAUACUACUAAUAUAAUUCAUUUAAUAGCCAGAGGUAAUUGUAGAAAUAUCAAUGACUUAUCAUAGUUAUCAUUAAGAAAGAAAAACCUGAAAAUUUGAAGACCAUCAGUCCUCCGCCUGGGCCAGAUAAAACUCGAUAGGCUAAUAGAUUACGUAUCUCUCGUAUUGCUAGUGUAAUAAGUCUAUAAAAACUGGUCAGCAAACGGGAUAAUUUUGCAGAGUGUUCUUGGUCAGCUGUUGAGAACUGAUCAAUCAAUUCGUCGUUGACUUUGUGACUGGACGCAUGUGACUCGAAGAUUUUCCAAUUUACUGAUUCAGUGGGUUGACCAACCGAAUUUUGUGAACUUGGACCACGUGGAUACUCGAGGAGUACUUUUGACUUCUAUUACUGUCGAUUCUGCGAGUCUGAAACAACAUGAAAGAUCAUACACGAAAAGUGAUUGCACCUGAUGGAGGAUGGAGCUGGUUUGUCUGCCUUGGUAGCGGUUUAAUUACGUUCAGCUUACGCUCUCUGGACCCGUGCUUUGGUCUUCUCUUUCACGACCUCCUAAAAGACCUCAAAAUUGAUUCCACCGGAGCUUUAUUUAUUACAAGCCUCAUGGAGUCGAACCUUAACUUCUCAGGAUUAUUCGUAGCGCCGUUGAUAAAAAGAUAUACCUAUAGAAAAGUUGCUAUCUUUGGAGCUCUUCUCAGCUGUACCGGACUCAUCCUCACGUCCCAAGCCAAUAGCAUGUUUUAUAUAAUUUGCACGUACAGCAUUUUAGGAGGAUUCGGCACGGGAUUUGCGACAGCUGCAGCCUUCGUCGCUCUCAACAAUUACUUCCAGAAGAAACGUGGUCAAGCAGUUGGAAUGUCCAUGUCAGGAACUGCUAUUGGUCUGAUGCUCAUGCCGCAGAUCGUCCACGGUCUCCUAAACUUAUAUGGGUUCAGAGGAUCAACCUUGAUAAUCGGAGGACUGGCUCUUCAUUCUAUCGUUGGUGCCAUUCUUUUUCAACCAGUCGAGAAUCAUAUGAAGAAAGCACCGUCAGAAGGGCCACCAGCUUUGCCUGAGAACGAAGUGUUGCUGGAACAAAAUGGAAGCACCGGAAAUAACAAAACAACGGAAACGGAAAUGGAAUUGAGAACAACCUUCGUAUCACGAACCAUUGUUUCUGAGGAGAUCAAUUUGGAUAUUAAAAGACGACGACGAGAGAGCGCUGCAAGCUUAAGCUCUGUGACGUCUAUUCUGGAUAUCAAUUGCAUUCCCGCAUCGGACGCAAAGCUGUCAGAGAUACACGAGAGGGGUGAAAACGUUGAAGAAGAUGAAUCGUCAAAGGAAAAGAAAAUUACGGUUCUACGACGCAUCGUCAAUUUCUUUGAUCUCGAACUCCUCAAGGAUUAUGUUUAUUUGAAUAUCAUUAUCGGGCUCAGCUUGUUCUAUGUAUCUGAAAAUAAUUUCAAAACGAUGACAACAUUUUUCUUAUUGAGUAUAGGAAUGAGCAGGGAAAAUAGUGCCUACUGCCUAUCGAUCAUCUUUUUUGCUGAUAUCGUGGCGCGUUUGAUUUUGCCCCCAGUGUGUGACAAAUUCCAAUUUAAGAAGAGGACCCUCUUCUGGAUCUGUUCCAUGCUCGUUAGUAUCAGCCGAUCCGUGUUCGUCGAGCAGACGAAAGGCCCAAUGCUGACGGUCAUGCUGGUGGUAAUUGGAUUUUUACGUGGCGCUACUCUGGUUAACAUGAACCUGUCGGUUUCCGAAAAUGUCACCCUGGACAAAUUGCCAGCUGCCUUCAGUAUAUUCAUGGUGUCGAAAGGCGUCUUUGUAACGAUCUUAGGACCACUUAUUGGUUUCGUCAGAGACUACACCGGAAGUUACAAGGCGUGUAGUCACACAACGACUGGAUUGGUCUUCAUCUGCUUCUUCUCUUGGAGCGUCGAGUUCGCCCUGAAGUGGAUUCGCACGAGGAAGACCUUGGAGAGCAGCCCCAACAUUAUUGCAAAUCCCAAGAAGUCUGAAUCAAAGAUUUACUUCAACGUUAUGACGAACGGGAAGCUGAGGGAUACUCCGGAUGAAGGCUGGGCCUGGAUCAUCCUUGCCAGUGUUGCCAUCAUCAACAUGUCUGUACUUCCUAUCCAGCAACUGUUUGGAUUUAUAUUUAGAAAUCGUUUGAGUGAACUGGAAAUCAGCACGACCCAAACGUCGCUAAUAAUACAUUUAAAUUCGACAAUCAUGUGCAGUAUGGGAUUAAUAAGUGGACCAAUGAUGAGACGCUUAUCUUGGAGGUGUGCUGCCUAUCUUGGUAGUGUCAUUAUAGUCGCAGGAAUACUCUUCACUGCGAUCGCUGACUCUCUGUUGACUUUUAUUAUUGCCUAUUGUUUUUUGAUCGGUGUCGGUCAAGGAAUCAUCUAUCCAGCAACGAGCUUAUCACUGAACACUUACUUCAGGGAGAAGCGUAAAAUCGCUAUGGCAAUAUCUGUCACGUUGACGGGUCUGGGACCAAUAAUAAUGCCGCUUUUUAUUGUGAAGCUUCUUGACAAUCACGGCACUACAGGAACACUUAUAAUCCUUGCUGGUAUCAGCACUCAUGCCUUUAUUGGAGCUUCUCUUCUUAGGAGUUUUAGAAAAGAAGAGAAAUUAUCAGUGGAAACUUCGUCUACCAUUGCCAAUGAUGACAACGUAAAAAAUGAUAGUAAAGACAAAUUGACUGUCGCAGUCACCAAUGAUACUGUUAAUCAUAACAAUGCUAAGGGACCAAGAAACUAUCUAAAGCAAUUGGACUCGACCAAAGAAGAUACUGCAUCAGAAGAAUUAAUGCUGUUCUUGAAGAGCGAGGAGCCCCGAGAAGAGAAAAUGAAGAUGAAGAGAAGCGUCGUCUCGAAGUGUGCAAAGGGCUUAGAUUUAGAUCUGUUGCGAGACAGCCAUUAUUUAAUUGCAGUGCUGGGGAUGAGUAUAUCUUUCACGUCGGAGCUCAACUUCAAUAUGAUGAUUCCAAUUAUCCUGAGUGAUUGGGCAACUCUAGAGAAGGAAGCAGUGGCACAAGUGAUAUCAGUACAAGGAAUUGCUGAUAUCGUAGGUAGACUUUGCAUUCCAAUUAUUGCUCACAAAGCAGGCUGGACGUCCAGGUACAUGUACCUGAUCUCCCUCGUCGGUUCCAGUCUGGCCAGAAUACUUCUCUUAGCCUUCAAGGACACAUACGGCGCCAUAUUGGCCUUAUCAGUACUUUUUGGAUUGGCUAAAGGGACUAAAGCCGUUUUUCAAUCUCUGGUUAUACCAGACUGUGUACCGUUAGAAAGAUUGCCCGCAGCAUCCGGCCUACUUAUGGUUGCAAAUGGAAUUCUCUCAAUAACUCUGGGACCGCUCAUAGGAGGAGGUGGAUCAAACAUGAGAGGAAGCGAGAAGAUAAGGUCGGACAAAGAUCCCAAGAGCGAAGACGCUCAAGAGAGGAAGAGGAUGCUGGAGCAGAAGUGCGAGGAGGAAGUGGAGCAUCGGAUGAAUGAAAGUGAAGAUAUUGAAGAUCAAGAGGAUAAAAGAAUGAAGAAUGAAUUCGUACCUCCGGACGGAGGUUGGGGCUGGAUGAUCGUUAUGGCUGCUGGAUUUUCGAACUUUUGCAUCUUGCCGGUAUUACAGUCCUUCGGACUGAUCUUCAGGGACAAAUUUAUGGAGCUGGAAAUAACAUCGUCGGAGACUACGACGCUAAUCAAUGUGAACAGUGCGGUAACCGCGUGCAUAGGACUGGCGAAUGGUCCGCUCUUCAGGAGGUUUAGCUACCGGCAAGUUUCCUUGACUGGUGCCCUACUCUGCACCAUUUCUAUUACCAUACUUUGUACAAUGAAGAAUUUCGGAGACCUGCUCGUUUUCUUUUCCAUACUCUAUGGUGCUGGAACGGGUAUUACGAUGUCCUCCAAUGCUUUGGCGCUCAAUACUUACUUUAGAGAUAAGAGAAGAAUAGCAACUGGACUCAGUUGGACUUGUACUGGCAUGGGACCCAUACUGAUGCCACAGAUUAUCACGCUUCUAUUGCCAAUUUAUUCUGUGAGAGGGACCGUUCUUAUCUGUGGAGGAAUUGCGUUUAAUGCGGUUGCUUGUGCCUUACUACUCCAACCUGUGUCCUGGCAUGUCAAGAAGAAUAAAAUAAAGAAUGAUAGCAAUAAGGAACUCUUGAGAGAUAAGAUCGGUACUACUUGCAAACCAGUAUUAGAGGAGGACGAGCAUCUUCAGGAGUGUGAUAAGAAAAAAGAUAAAAACUCAAACUCGAAUGAUGCUUUGCUCAAUGAGUCCUACAGUAAAUCUUUAGAAAACAUUGAUCAAAAUAAACCAUUGACUAAGGAGAGACGUUCGAGUCAAAGAUUUGGUAGUCAGUAUCUUUAUUAUGAGGAUAAAGAAGUUGGCGCAUCUGGAAUUGACGUAAUUGGUCCAGGGACUCCAAUGAUGUCUCGAGCAAACGAUGGCUGGUUCUCACGCAAAAAUGCAUCGAACGCAUCGUUGACCUCGAGCAAAACUAUAAUGAGAGAAAAUUCUCAAAAAACUUUGAGUCGUUAUCCAUCAGUGAGUCUGAGCAGACAAUCAAGUAUGAAAGCUUUGAGCAGAGGUCCGUCGAUAAGGACAUUAAGCAGACAAAACAGCGAAACGGAUGGUUGGAAGAAGAAGAUAUCAAAUCUUCAAUCUAGCAUCAAUUCACCUCUAAUUAUAUUGAAGGAAUCCUGCGAGCAUCCGGAGGAUGAAUGCAGUAAUGAGAAUUGCAAAAACGAAGAAUGUGUCAAAAAAAAAUUGACACAGUGUUUCGAGUCCAACGGCAUCCAUAUAAGUCAAGACCGUCUUGUACCAACAUCAGCCACGAUGACGAACCCAGUGCCGAUUGCUGAGGAUAAAUUUAAUAUAGCAGAAGAAGAAUUUUAUUCUGGUCCAUGGUACAAACGCGUCUUCCUAGCCGUAGUCAUAUUCUUCGACCUGGACCUCCUCAAGGACAAAGUCUACGUAAAUCUCAUGCUGGGAAUUACUCUGGCAAAUUUCAGCGAGAUCAAUUUCUCUUUGCUAACGCCAUUCAUCCUUGGCGAGUAUGGUUUUAGCAAACCGGAAGUGGCACAGAUGAUGUCAAUCCUAGCUGGGGUUGACGUGGCGACUCGAAUCACAAUUCCCUUCAUCGCAAAUUAUGUCGGCUGGGAAAACAGAACGUUUUUCCUGGUAGGAGUCAGCACUAUGGCUGCAGGACGUAUCAUUUUGGCACAUGAGCACAGUUACUACACGAGCCUAGGAGUAGGCGCACUAAUCGGUGUAGGAAAAGCACUUCGUACCAUCUUUAUGGCGCUUGUAAUUCCUACACACGUUCCCUUGUCACGACUUCCAGCUGCAACUGGACUUCAGCUGUUAACCAGUGGAAUUGUCUUUCUAAUAGUUGGUCCCAUUGUCGGUGGGAUUCGAGAUGCAACUGGGAGCUACUGCGUGCUGCUGCAUUGUCUGAACAUCUUCACUUACCUCACUGUCAUCUCGUGGACUCUCGAGCAAUAUCUGUCUAAACGACGAAAACGAAAUUCUUCAUGGGAAUCAAAGUCAUCGGCUUGAUUAAUUAAAUUUUUAUAUUUCUUUAGCAACUGAAUCAUUUUGAUCUUAGUCCAAGUAACGAGAAUACCAGCAUGAGUAAUUAAUAUAUCAAUAUUCACUCGGUCGUACAGAUCACAGUAUUAUGUUAAUC